AUCAGUAUAAUCUUUGUGUACGGCCGUGCCUCGGUUUAUUUUCCAAUACUACAAAAAAACAGCUUAGAACCGACAGGCAUAUCUGUCAGAUAGCCGUUAGAAAUAUUCAUUACCGACGAAAAAGAAACGUCCGUCGAAUCUAGAUUGUCGGAAAAAUUAUUCUGUUAGAAAUCCGUCGGAUCUAAAUCUACAAGUAUAAUGUCGGAGUUAGAGGCUAUCGUGUGUGACAACGGAACUGGAGUGAUCAAGGUGGGAUUUGCCGGAGAUGAUGCACCAAGGGCUGUGUUUCCAAGCAUCAUAGGUCGUCCACGGCACAAGGGGGUGAUGCUUGGAUAUGACCAUGUGGGAUUUUAUGUGGGAGAUGAAGCUCAAGCCAAGAGAGGUAUUCUUACACUUAAAUACCCAAUGGAGCAUGGUAUUGUUAACAAUUGGGAUGACAUGGAGAAGAUUUGGCAUCAUACUUUCUACAAUGCGUUGCGUGUGGCUCCUCAAGAACACCGUGUGCUUCUCACUGACUCUCCUCUAAACCCAAUUGCCAAUCGCGAGAAGAUGGCUCAGAUCAUGUUUGAAACCUUCGAUACUCCUGCUAUGUAUGUGGCCGUUCAGGCCGUUCUCGCUCUCUAUGCUAGUGGUCGUACCUCAGGUAUUGUGUUAGAUUCAGGAGAUGGUGUGAGCCACAUAGUUCCAAUCUACAAAGGUUACUCACUCCCACACGCGAUUAUGCGUCUAGACUUGGCAGGCCGUGACCUAACCCACUACCUCAUGAAAAUCAUGAUGGAACGUGGCUACACAUACACCACAUCAGCCGAGCGGGAGAUCGUCCGAGACAUCAAAGAGAAACUCUGUUAUGUAGCUCUCGACUACGAGAAAGAAUUGGAUAAAGCUAAAACAUGCUCACAAGUCAACAAAACCUACGAGCUUCCCGACGGUCAAGUGAUCACAAUAGGAGCCGAGAGAUUCAGGUGCCCUGAGGUUCUUUUCCAGCCGUCUUUGGUCGGGAUGGAAUCUUCUGGUAUUCAUGAGAUGACCUACAAUUCGAUAACGAAGUGUGACGUUGAUAUAAGGAAAGCUUUGUAUGGAAACAUUCUCAUGAGUGGUGGCUCGACGAUGUUCCCUGGGAUCGCGGAGAGGAUGAGCAAAGAGAUGAGUAAGCUUGCACCCGCUAAUACGAGAAUUAAAGUUGCGAUUCCUCUGGCGAGGAAGUAUAGUGUUUGGAUUGGAGGCUCCAUUUUGGCUUCUCUAAGUUCCUUUGAACAGAAGUGGAUAACUAAGGCUGAGUAUGAAGAAACUGGAGCGGCGAUUGUUCACAAGAAAUGCUUACUUUAGCCUUUUUUGUGCUUUCUUCUCUAGGCCUUUCUUGAUUUAAUAAACUGUGAGGGAUUUUGUGUUGGAACAGUGGUCAAGUGUCAAUGGACUUGGUUUGUUGUCGUUGUUGUUGCUGACAAAAGAAGAACAUUUCCAAAACUAUUCUUGCGAUUAUAUAUGUAUGGAUUAUUGUUAAUCAGGGUCAUUUAA